AUGCAGCGGGAGCUCCUGUUCAAAGUGUUGGUGAUCGGGGACCUGGGCGUGGGCAAGACGUCCAUCAUCAAGCGCUACGUGCACCAUAUCUUCUCGCAGCACUACCGCGCCACCAUCGGUGUCGACUUCGCCCUCAAGGUGCUCCAGUGGGACCCGGACACCGUCGUCCGCCUGCAGCUCUGGGACAUAGCAGGACAAGAGCGCUAUGGCAACAUGACGCGCGUCUACUACCGGGAGGCAGUGGGCGCGCUGGUGGUCUUCGACAGCACGCGAGCGUCCACAUUUGACGCUGUGCUCAAGUGGAAGGACGACCUGGACUCCAAGGUGACACUGAACCACGGGAGGCCCGUUCCCGCGGUCCUCUUAGCCAACAAGGCCGACCAAGCGACGUGCCAGCAGCCCAGACUGGACGCCUUCUGCAGAGACAACGGCUUCGUUGGCUGGUUCCUGACCUCGGCCAAGGAAAACAGCAACAUCGAGGAGGCCGCUCAAUGCCUGGUGGAGCACAUUCUGAGCAACGAGGAGAGCCCCCCGAUGGAGCGGGAGCCCGCCACCCUGGUCCUGUCGGGGUACGCCAACGCCACCAAGGAGCACCACGGCUGCUCGUCGUGUCCCAAGUGACAACUCCCGCCUGCCCCGGGCAAUCACAGACAACCAGGAAGUGGACGCCGAUCAGGGACGACAGUAGAU